ACACUUUAAAAGAAAAAAAUAUUUAUAAUAAAGGUUAAAGAGAUAAUUCAAACUUGAAUUGAAUCUGCUGUGAGGAAUUGUUUGAAAAAUUAAUAAUAUAAAAGUUAAUAGAAUUUUUUUUUGUAUAAAACUUGUAUCAUUCUGCUUGAUGUUGAUAAAAUACUAUUUCGCGUUAAUAACAAACCAAAUGGAAUGUCUUUAAUGAAAAGAAGAAGAACAAUCAUAUUUUAUUUCGUCACCGUGUGCGUAUUGUGGUCCUCACUGAACGCACACAUCACGCGACUGCCAUGUCACCAUCAUGCCAACUUUUCGAUCAAACUACUAAAUUCAUAUUUCAAUGGCAGUAUUGGAAAAUCCAUCGAUUCCAUAUCAUUAUUAGACUGCUACAAACACUGCGUGGGUGCAAGCUCAUGUAAGUUUGUGAACUACCACGCGAGUCGAAAGCAUUGUGAAUUGGUGUUUUCGCAAUCAGGAGGUGAUAUUAACGCUGCAGAUGGAUGGAUGUUCAGCUCAACAGAUUUUUCUCAGAACCAAAAUAAAGGUCCUCUGUGCAGAAGUACAGAACCUUGCACGGCAACAGAAAAAUGCGAAGAUACUUGUACCGGUCAAGGAUAUAAGUGCAUCCAGCUGGUAAACGUGAAUCUUCUCACAGCCACGAAUGCCUCUAACAUUCACGAAUGGUACGAUGACGCCCCCUCUUUUGCGGUUGACAUGACGACAGGACAAUCACUGGAGCAGUCAUGUGCGGCAUUUAUGAAUGCCACGGAUCAAUGGUUUUUGCUUGAUUUGGGGAAAAACGUUUCAAUAGAAUCUAUCAUACUACGCAAUCCUGAUCAAGAUGGGGUUGAAGAAAGAUUUACCGAUCUUAAUCUCUAUAUAGGAAAUAAUGGCGAUAAUCUUGAGCUGAACUCCCUCUGUAUAUCUGUCCAAAAUCACACUACAAAUUUAUACGGAGAAUACACUUGCUGGUAUGGCUCUGUUCUGAGUGGAAGAUAUAUUUCUGCGAAAAUUAGUGGAGCAAAGAAUUUUAAUUUUUGUAACAUUGAAGUGUUUAUAGCGAAGUAAUGUUUUCGUACAGCUUACUUUACUGACUUUUACAGGUAAAUAUUUUUUAAAUCAUCUAAAGCUUACCUUUUGCUAAAAAAAAUGGGCUCAUAUAAAAGAUCUUUGAAAGUAAGCUAAGAAUCCUUCUUUUUUUUUUUUUUGGAAAAUUUUUAAUUGGUCUUCGAGAUAUUUGUCUUGAAAGUUUCACUAAUUAUUUGAAAUUAUGACGUCAUGAAAGGUGUUAUUAAGCAUAAUUAUAAUAACUAUUAUAAUUGUAUUAAAAUGUAUGUAAAAUGUUGAAAACGCCAAACCGACCAGCCAAAACACAUUUUAAACCCAUUUUGAAAAAAUGUCAGUCUUUUUUAACGAAACUUUUCUCGCUCUCUUGGCUAUUGGACUGUGCCUAUAUCACCUAAACCUUGGAUUAGGCUUAGACGUAGAGUAAAAUUUGCUUAAAAACUGCUCAAAAGAAGAAAAAAAAGGUUAUUUAAAAUUUUGGCAGUGUUUGCUCACAACCAUUUGCUGUAAAGUCUUAUCCACCACUCAAUAACUCACUACUUUCUCGAAUUAAAAUCAGGAAAAAGGAUCUGCUCUGCAAAUGAGUUUAAACGACGAGAGAAAGUUACACAAUAUUAAAUCAAUGUAAUCCGGUAAUGAAUUUCCAAACCUCGCAGAUUAUAUAGCUGAGAUCAAAGGUCUAUUUAUUAACAGAGUUGACCAAAAACAAGCUGGACGAAAUCUAAUGAUUAAUCACGUCACCAAACACAUUUAGAAAUGGCGUGACGUGCCAGUUAAUUAUUUUUCUUUUUACUUUGUUUGAUUCCUUAGGACCAUUAUGCUAUUCAUUUUAUAUAUACCUACUAAAUAAUUGUAACUUGGUAACAUUUUAUAUGCACUGACGAUGGUUUUAUACCGAAAUUUUAA